AUGAGCCCCUAUGUCUUAGCCCUUCUAUUAUUUAGCCUCGGCCUAGGAACUACAAUAACCUUCGCAAGCUCCCACUGAUUGCUAGCCUGAGUAGGCCUCGAAAUUAAUACCCUCGCGAUUAUUCCCCUAAUAACACAAAAUCACCACCCCCGAGCAGUUGAGGCGGCCACCAAAUAUUUCCUCAUCCAAGCUGCUGCUGCUGCCGUACUACUUUUUGCUGGUACAACAAAUGCCUGACUCACCGGGCAAUGAGAAAUCCAACAGGCCGCCCACCCCUUCCCAAUUACUGUCAUCACCCUCGCCCUCGCCCUUAAACUCGGACUUGCCCCCCUACAUUCUUGAGUGCCUGAAGUACUUCAGGGCUUGAACCUAUCCACAGGACUAGUUUUAGCCACCUGACAAAAACUAGCCCCUCUCGCUCUCCUCCUCCAAAUCCAGCCCCCCAACUCCUCCCUUCUCAUUUUUUUGGGCUUAGCAUCCACCCUUAUCGGGGGCUGAGGGGGCCUAAACCAAACCCAGCUCCGCAAAAUCCUCGCCUACUCCUCCACCGCUCAACUAGGCUGAAUAGUUCUAGUCCUACAAUUUGCCCCUUCUCUAACCACCCUCGCUGUAUCAGUGUACAUCACCGCCGCAGCCGCAACAUUCCUGACCCUAAAACUAGCCAAAGCCACAAACAUUAAUAUACUAGCCAUCUCCUGAGCAAAAGCACCAGCACUCGUGGCCCUCACCCCCCUUGUGCUUCUAUCUCUGGGGGGCCUCCCUCCCAUGACAGGAUUUAUACCCAAGUGAUUAAUCCUCCAAGAACUCUCUAAGCAAGAACUAGCCCCUGCCGCUACCCUCGCGGCGCUUACUGCGCUCCUUAGUCUCUACUACUACCUCCGACUUACAUACGCCAUAACCCUCACUAUAUUCCCAAAUAAUCUUACGGGCACACCCCCUUGACGCCUGCGACCCCGUCAACUCACACUUCCCCUAGCUUGCCUGGCCAUCGCCACUAUUUCACUACUACCCCUUACCCCCGCGGCAGUAGCCCUGGUAGCCCUAUAA